UUGGCUAUUGCUACAAAUAUACCUGUGCUACUUUUGACUGGUUUUGUGGUCCAGGGUUACAUAUAUGAAUAUUACUUUUUAGCAUUUUGUUUGUGUCUAUAUUAUUAUUGAAUUAAGUGUUUAAUUUAUCCUGUUUUUAUGACAGUGGGUGGUAGAACUUGGUAUGGGAUACAUAAUUUGCAUAAUAUUUGUAUGUUUUUCCUUUCUCACUGUAAGAUCCCAAAUGGUAUCCAGCUAGACAAGCCAUGAGUCUGGACCCCAGUGAGUAUGAGGAACACAACUUUUUUUCUUUUUUGUAACUCGUUACACUCGGAUGUAGAAAAAAGGUGUCAUUACUUCCAUUGCAUCAUGACAGUUUCAGUGUUACAGCUAAAAUAUCAGUCCUGUUGCUUUUCUCAGGUCUGUUGCUUUAGAGAUAACCAAGAAAAUAUUUAAGGACUUGUUUAUUCCUUGGGUAGAAAUGGAAUCAUAAAAAAAACUUUAAUCUGCUCCAUUUCCACCAAUUGCUAAACCCACACACUGAAUUGAGGGAUAUUAUUCAUCUCUGCUGCUUUUAAAAACUAACCAGAUGAAGACUUGGUAGACAGGAUGUUACACAAACAUCGUGGAUGUUCUCAGAUGUGCCUCCUUGAUGUCUUGCCACCUCUAGUGCUUUUGAAGGCAGCAUUUUUCAGGUUUCAGAAAGCAAGAUAAGUGCUAUCUGCCAAAAGCUGCUUUGAUGCAGCAGGACCAAAACCUACACUUACCAAAAACUUUAACAUUAGCUGUAACAAAUCUAGUUUUGAGUUUUCGGUUUUUAGAAGGAAAAGCACUGAGAGAUGAUGACGUGCUACAGAAUCUGGCUGUCGGGACCUCAGCGACCUUGUAUUUCAGAGACCUUGGCCCACAACUGGGAUGGACGAUGGUUUUUCUGACGGAGUACAUGGGUCCCCUUCUGAUAUGUCUCCUCUUGUUGGGGUCCCGUACAGCUAUAACCACAAAUACACCUUCAUCUCCAGCUCUCAUCAUGUGAAUUGUGCUUAUUACUGGGGUUUUGAAGCUUGGCUAGCAUACUACAUUAAUCAUCCUCUCUACACACCACCAUCAUAUGGAGAGACACAGGUCAGCUAUGCACUAAUUAUCUUUGUGGUGCAAAAUGUCGGAGAUUCCCACAUCCAAACCCUAAAAACCCUUUUACGUGGCUCUUUUACUUUGUAUCAUGUCCCAACUACACAUAUGAGGUAACAGCACCAUUGUCAUCAUCAAAUAUAUAACACUUUCUACUACCUCUGACUGAUUCAUCU